UCUAUUUUCCCUCGCGAAUUUUCCGGCGUUACAAGCACUAUGCUUCCUAUGCAUAUAACCGCAAAAUCCUUUUCCUCGCGUAUUGACAGAUAGUCUAUGAGAAGCUGGUGCCUUUGGCAGUCGUCUGAAGAUGGCAGUGUUGAGCUGGAAGCACCAUACGUUGAUUCAAGCGUUGAUAGCACGAGGUCCUCUCAAGGAGAAGGAAUUCCACUCCAUUUUCACUGGCGUCACAGGGAAAAACCCAGGUAAUAAUAAACAACUAUUCGAUGAGUAUCUCCUUGCAAUAAACAAGGAACUUUCCUAUGUCCAUUUUGAGCUACGAGCCUGCAGAGAUCAAUAUGAUGGCCAAGUUUGUUAUGGAGUGGUCAAUAAUAUCGCUGAUGAACAAUCCAAGCUUGGAACAAAAUAUUCAGUUCCACAGAUUGCAUUCUACAAGGGAAUUAUUGAAGCAAUUGCACAAGAUGUUACAGCGCAGGGUACCAUAUCCAACAUUGAGGCUCUUAAUAUUCGACUGGAGACCCAGAUGUUGAAUGGGUCUGAAGCACAAUCAGAGAGUAAUCCACCUGAUAUCCCCCUUGCUCUCAGGAAUUUCACAAUGUGUCAGAAGGAGAAAACUCUUGAUGAGCUGAUACAAGAUAAAUGGCUUUGUAGCACCACGGACCAUAAGAUUGGACUUGGUACCAGAUCCCUCCUUGAUCUGCGAAGUUGGUUCAGGAAUGCUGAUGUUCCUUCAUGUCAAGUAUGCAAUGAAGCUGGAAUAAAGGCAGAAUUAUGCUCAAGUGAAAGUUGUAUGGUUCGGAUUCAUCAAUAUUGCCUUAGAAAGAUGAUUUCUCGAAAGACCAGAGAGAAAGUUUGCCCAGGUUGCGGCAAUCAGUGGCCAUAUCAGGCACCCAAAAGAGAAGCUAUAGAAGAAGUCGGACCUAGUGAGCCUUCCCAGAGCCAGCUAGCUGCAGGAUGCAGACGCAAUGAAGGAAGUGAAGGAUCCAAGAAGAAGAAGUCUAAAAUGAGUAGACCUAGUCAUACAGAUACGAACAGAACCAUCUCUCAACCUUCUCAGACUACCUGUCUUUCUUCCGAUUCAAGAAGAGUAACUCGGAGUUCCUCGGGCUUGAGGUAAAUACUUACUACUACUGUUAUUAUUAUGGUACGUGCAUGUUUUAGAGAGGUGUAUAAUCUGAUGAUGGUGUAUAUUUUGCAAGCUUUUGUUUUGAAAUAAUAUUAUAGCUAUUAUCAUACUUCCUACCAUCCUAAUCAGUUAAAUAUCCAUCUUAUUUUAAGAAAAAUUUGUCGUCCGUA